AUCUAGCCCGCUAGCGGAUCAUACAGGACAACUGAGCUACAGAUAGAUACACACAGAGAAACAGAGAGAGAGACUCUCUGUUGUUUUCGGUAUUAAAGUGAACCCUGUUUGAUUCGUGGUGACUGCGACAUGUGGGCUAUGUUCAGAGUUAAUCACGGUUACUACUGUAACCAUUACGGGGUGAACACCAUGGAAAGCACUGGUGUAUGUGGGAUGGAGGCAGCGACACGUGGAAUUGUGGAGGGCAGCAGCUCUCCUCCGUCACAAGAUAAUCUUGAGGAGUUUAAAGAUUUGGUUAACUGCACUGAAGAAGUAAGAGGGGAGACACCUGGGAGAGAAGAUUUCCAAAUUGACCCCCUCGAAGGAGAACUGGGCCAGAGCAGUGAUCAGAGCAAGGAGCAAAACAUGUUUGGGAAAGAAGUCCUGUUACUGAUGCAAGCCCUUCACACCUUAGCAACUCCAGAGGAGAAACUUGCUGCUCUUUGCAAGAAGUAUGCUGACCUGCUGGAGGAGAGUCGCAGUAUGCAGAAGCAAGUGAAGCUGUUGCAGAAGAAGCAGACCCAGGUCCUCAAAGAGAAGAUUCAUUUGCAGAGUGAACACAGCAAAGCCAUUCUAGCUCGGAGCAAGCUGGAAAGCCUUUGCAGAGAGCUACAACGGCACAACAAGACCCUGAAGGAGGAGAAUGCCCAGAGGUUCAGAGAAUACGAAGAGAGGCGUAAGGAGGCCACGCUGCACUUUCAGAUGACACUUAAUGAGAUUGAAGAGCAGAUGGAGCAGCAUAACUCCCAUAACACCAAGCUGAGGCAGGAGAAUAUGGAGCUGGCUGAAAAACUCAAGAAACUUAUUGAGCAGUAUGAACUGAGAGAGGAGCACAUAGACAAGGUGUUCAAGCACAAGGAGCUGCAGCAGCAGCUGGUUGAUGCCAAACUCCAGAGAACAGCUGAAUUGAUGAGGGAGGUAGAGGAAAAGCAGCAGCGAGAGAGAGAACUCCUUCUGAAAAAUGCGACUGAAUCAAGACACAAAUGUGAGCUGAUGAAGGAGCAGGAGCUUCAGCUGAAACAGCAGCUUACUCUUUAUAUGGACAAAUUUGAAGAGUUCCAAACAACACUUGCUAAGAGUAAUGAAGUGUUUACAUCUUUCAGACAGGAGAUGGAGAAGAUGACCAAGAAAAUCAAGAAGUUGGAAAAGGAGACUACUCUUUGGAGAACUAAAUGGGAGACCAACAACCAGACCUUACUGCAGAUGGCUGAGGAGAAAACUGUGCGGGACAAGCAUUACAAAGCUCUCCAAGGUAAACUGGAGCGUCUGGAAAAGCUGUGCAGAGCCUUGCAGAGGGAGCGCAAUGACCUCAACGAGAAACUGGGAGCCCUGCAGGGUCCUGCAAAGAAUCCUGAAGAGGAGGGGACUGGGCCUCCUGACCCCCAACCAGAGGAGCCCCUCAGCCAGCCUGCUGAUGGAGAAGUAGAGGGAGACAUGGAAUGUUUGGUUCCUGAAACAGAGAGGCUGGGGUUGCACCCAGAGAAAGAGCCAACCACAAAGCAGCUUGAUGAGUCUACCCAGUAAGGGACGUUUCUUUUUUUUUUGUUUUUCUUUCUUUCUUUUUUUUUUCUUUGUGGAGGUAUAUAUUUUUGUGUAAUAGAUAUCAUAAUUAAAACUAAAAACAUAUGUAUGAAAACUGCUCUGUACAUUGGUGAUUGGCUAUGUGAUGAGCACUUUUUACUUGCUUUUUUCUACCACAUCUGUAUUUUCUUAGGAAAUGGUCAUAUGGUCCAAGGUGGCUACAGCUUUAGUCUUUCAUGCUUAAUUCCUUUUUCUUUUCCCCAUCUUGCUGAUCUGUGUUGCGACUGCAGAUUUAAACCUUUCUUUUGAUAAAUGUAGCUCUUGGAUCUGGCUAGAAUCCUAGAAUUGAAAUAAACCGAAUUCAGAUGCAUAUACGAAUACUGCUAAUUUGACUUAGUCAUGUGUAGUUCACUAACUUACUGUGAUUACAGGGCAUUCAUGGAAGAGCUUAAUAGAUUUUUUUUGUGUUAUUGUUGUUGCUCUUGUGAUCAUAAAACCACAGAUGGCUUUGUAGUCCAAGAAGAUCUUGGGUUUGGGGGUUGUUCUUCCAAUUACAUCUAUUACUGAAAUAAUCUAGUCCUAAAUGUAAUCUUAAUUUCAAAUAUUUUGUUGUUCAUACUGUUUGUCUUUGGGAUUUGUGUGAUUAAGGGCUAGUCAGAUUUUCAAAAGGCUGCUAUUAACAGAUUGUGACAUUUCGGGACUACUUUGGCACGUAUUGUCAAACAAUGUCAAAGCCAUGGUCUCUGCAAGGCUAUUUUUGAAUGUGGCUGCAGGUUGACUUUUUCUAAUGCAUUUAAGAGCACUUAAGGAGGGCAUUCUAACAAUAUAAUCGGUUAGUCUUUGAGAAAACUACCACUAAAUGCGUAAACAUACAGCAUCUUGAAUAAAAGUUUAUUUACCUGUUUUGAGUUACAAAAAGAUAAAUUUGCCUAUAGAACUUGACAGAUAAGUUGCAGUUGUAGAAAACAUGAUUGUUACAGUGGUUUGUAGGCAUCACUGGAAAUUGCACAUUUGUAUGUUGUGUUGCAGGGGAAUUCCACUGAUUUUUCCUAUUUUGUUAACAGUGGUUUGAUCUGAAGUUCUGUCAGAAUUGUUCACAAUGGUUAUUGAAUGUGUCUGAGAUCCUAGGAAGCAUUUGUUUUAUGUAGUGAGGUAAAAUAACAUCACUAUAUGCCAUUUUUACAUUAGUUGGAUCUAUAAUUUUUCACUUUUCUUAAACAAAAAAAGCCUGCACAUGCUACCUUUUUGUCAGACUGAUGCACUGCUAGCUAGCUAGCUAACACAGACAGCAAGUGAUUUUCCACAACAGGAAGCUAACUGACUGAAAUUUCAAAAGGGGCCUUGACCUAUUUAAUACUUUACUGGAAAAUACUGAAUGUGAUUUUGUUUCCCCCUUUUCUUUCCUCUCUUUGUAAUGAUCCAAGAAUAAAAUGUACUCUAAGCAUUACACUCAAUGCAAAUGCUAAUCUUCAGUAGCUGUUAGCAUUGUUGCUGACAAUGUGAAGCAGUUUUGUAAAGAGCUGAACUGAUGAAUGUAGAACUGUAUCACCCAUGUUGCCAGUGUCAUGCAGACUUUUUUUUUCCAAUAAGGCAAAGAGCCUUAUUACAGCCCUCGGAUUAUCUAUCUACUUGUUGUUCUGAACCGGGAAAACAGGGUGUCUGGAACACGUUCCCUCAGGUCACUAUAGACCGAGCCGCAGGUCUGUGCCUGUUUGGUGCUGGGCCUGUGGUACCAUUCCAACGUUAUUUGACUUAUGCAGAUACAUUCCACUAUUCCAGUCAUCUUAUAUUGUUUUACUGGGCACUAAUUCAAUCUGAUGAGUCCACUGCUACUGGCUUUAUGUACAAAGUACGUCUGGCAUCUUAAGUGAACCACACCUGACUCUAGGCAAACAUUUGGACACCCCUGGUUAAAGGACAUUUUGUUCAUUUUUUCUGAGAUAAAAAAAAUAGAAAACUUUAAAUUUAUGCACACAAAAGGAUUGUUUUUGAGAAAUUUCAUUAUUUAAAUACAAAAAAAUCCCAAAUCUUAAUAUUUAACUUUCUGUAGAGGAUUUAACAUUUUACAAGUUGCCAAAACAUUUGACCACGGUUAUCGAGACCACAUGAUUUAGGGAACAUGUAUAGGAACAUGGCUAAAUAGAGCAAACAGUGCUUUGCUGAAACAUUAGUCAAAGGUGGUUAGAUGCUCACCAGCCCAGCCUCACCUUAUGCAGUGUUUCAUGAUGCCAUUUAUUAAAUCCCAUUGCUUUAAUCAUUUAUAAAAUGUGAAUGUUAAUGAGUGUUAAUGUUAAUAAGCUGACCUCAUCACAUUAGCAGUAAUAUAACGGUGCAUUACCUCUGUGUGAAUAGUAAUUCUCAUACAAGUUAACAUUUCACCUGAACCUAUUUUGACAUGAAACCUCAACAAUGCUUUUUAAUUUUUCCCCUCAAAUUUAAAAUUCCUUGAACACUUAAUUUGUUAUUUGGAUUUGCAAGCUUUAUGGAAAAUUGACUUGGGAAUUUGGUACUGUUGUUGCUUAUGUUCCUCUUUUUUUGCCAGUGUCCCAGUUUGAUUCUCAGGUUAUGCAAAAAAAUCUACCUCUGCAGGUAAGACUAACUGUGAAUGAGGGUCAAGUCAGCAAUGCUUUGAAAAACGCUUUCUCCCUUAACUGAACCUGUCUUCUCUUACAUUGUAUGUCCUGUAGUCCUGUCUUGCUUUUCAAUAAAAAUGUUUUGUAGAUUUUUCUUUAUUACUCUA